AUGACACGCAGUGAUUAUAUCCCAAUAACCAACGAUUCAGAACCAUUAGAAUCAUAUCAUUUACGGCUUUGUCCAUCAUUAAGUUUAAUUAGUGGUAACUUGACGCAAAAGUUUUUGCAGUGUAUUGAAUUAUAUGCUAGUGAUGUUCAUAUCACUUUUACAUUUGAGGACUCGGAGCAAGGUUUGUUGGAAGAGAUUGAUGCUCAUAACUGGAACAAAAGGGGAAACCAUACUAUAAGGGGAAUUUUGUUUAAAAGAGAUGUGGACUAUGAUGGGUUGUUAGCAAGCAAUGACAAAAAUUGCGGCAAUAAUAAUGACCUAUGGACUUGUCCGCAACAACCACCACAACAUCGCCAUCCACAAGCACAACCAUCAUCACCACCAACAAUGAGGUCUUACAAAACUGUCAAUGAUGAGAACAAACCAAGUCACCAUCUCAGGACUAAAUCAGAUAUUUAUAAUCUAACUAGCAGUAGUAGUUCUAGUGCUCAUGCUAAUGGUAUUGCUAAUGCUAAUGGAAACAUCAUCAACAACCACACCAAAACCGCAUCUGGAUCAAUUUACAAGUCGACAAGACUGUCUGACUCACAUUUGGGUUCACUGCAUAGAGAAGCAUUGAGUGAUUUAACAGCUCAUGAGAAUUACAAGUCGCGUCUCAAGUCACAACAACAACAACAACAACAGCAGCAGCAUCAUCUGCAACCGCAUCUACAAUUUCAACAAUCAUACCCUUAUUCUCACCACCAGCACAGCAGUAGCAAUAGCAGCAGCAGUAUUGGCAGUGGCGUAGCUACUUCAGGUACAACUUUGAGUCAAACAAAAUUAGAAAUCUACAAACAAGCAACACAAAAUCUCCAUCUCUACAAGAAACCAAGAUUGGAGAAGGUGUUGCGUAAAGAACAUGGUUUUGGCUUUGGUGAUAACGAUGAAGAACCGAAAAGUACGUCUGAUGAAGCAGUGGAAUCUAGUGAUGAUAAGGAGAAUCGAAACCCGCUGCUGACACAACCACAACCACAACCACAAUUGCAUUUACAACAACAUCAACAACACAAGUACCUGCACCAGGAAAAUCAACAGCUGCACAACAGAAUACAUGAUGAGGCAAAGUACCAACACCAGCACCAGCAGCAACCAUUACGUUCCCAUGACACAUACGAAAUGCAUUUUAAGGAGGAGUUAGAUGAGGAGGAGUUUACUGAUGAUGAAAUAUACAACACUAGUUAUAGUAAUGUCCGUGCUGCUGAUGAUGGUGACGAUGAAUUGGGAAUCCAAACAGUUGUCAAGCAGAGCAAUACUAGAGAUAAUGGUGUAGAUGAGUACUACACUAGGGACGACGACGUACAAACAGAAAAGGAGGUUUCAAUGGAAACGACAAUAAAACAGGAUGACACAUUGUCCACCCACGAACAGGAUGAAGAGCACCAGCAGGAGGAGCGUGAACAAGCUCUCUCAAAAGCACAACUGCAUUCUAACCGCCAGCAUCGUGCUGAAACUAUUACUCCCAUGAAACCAUUAUGGGACUUAUCCAUCAAAAUGGAGUUGCGAAGGAUCGUUGACAAGUAUUCACGAACAACAUUGGAUGAGGAUGAUGAAGAUACUUAUGAUGCCUCGAUGGUUGCUGAGUACGCUCCCGAAAUAUUCAAUUACAUGCGUAGUUUGGAAGAAAGGUAUAAACCCGAUCCCUAUUACAUGGAUCGUCUUCAAGAUGAGUUGAGAUGGGGUAUGAGAGCAGUUUUGAUUGAUUGGGUGGUUCAAGUGCAUGGCAAAUUCAACUUACUUCCAGAAACCCUUUUCCUCACUGUCAAUUAUAUCGACCGAUUUCUUUCCAAGCGUAAAGUCUCCUUAUCGAAAUUUCAAUUGGUGGGUGCAGUGGCAUUUUUCAUUGCUGCUAAAUAUGAAGAAAUUAAUUGUCCUACAGUACAAGAAGUGGCGUUCAUGGCUGAUAAUGCUUAUACCAUAGAUGACUUUUUAAAAGCUGAACGAUUCAUGAUUGAUGUGCUCGAAUUUGAUAUGGGAUGGCCGGGACCAAUGUCGUUUCUUCGACGCACAUCGAAAGCUGAUGAUUACGACUACGAAACACGGACAUUGGCCAAAUACUUUUUGGAAAUUACUAUAAUGGAUGCUCGAUUUGUAGCCUCGUCACCGAGUUGGUUAGCUGCUGGUGCACACUACCUUUCGCGAGUGUUAUUGAAUCGUGGUGAAUGGACAGAACCACAUGUGUUCUAUAGUGGGUAUACUGAACGGCAGUUGAGACCUUUGGCAGAGCAAUUGUUGGAGAAUUGCCGUUUUGGUGAAAAGAAUCACAAGGCGAUUUUCGAAAAGUACCUGGAAAGAAGAUUUAGAAGGAGCUCAUUGCAGGAUCAGGAUUAUAUAUACUAUUCACAAGUGAUGGCUAAACAACAACAACAACAGCAGAGGCAACAACGUAAUUCACGUGAUAAUUGUGAUAUUGACAACUCCACGCUUGGUUUCAUUGAAGAUUACUUUGCCCUCGAUGUUAAAUUAACUGACUUGUAUCAACACUGGAAAUUAAAUCAUGCCCCGUAUAUCACUACUAAAGUGAAGCAACAAUCACCGUUUGAUUUAUUCAGUGGUAUACGUACACUAAGACAAGAUCCAUGGGAAUGUUUAAUCUCAUUUAUUUGUUCGUCAAACAACAACGUCAAACGGAUUCUGAAAAUGUGUGACAAUUUAUGUAUACAUUUUGGCAACUACAUCAAUGAUUACGAAGGUAUUUCAUUUUAUUCCUUCCCUAGUCCUCAACAGUUAUCAGCGGAUCCUUCAGUAGAGACAAAAUUACGUGAUUUGGGGUUUGGAUAUCGAGCCAAGUACAUUUACCAAACGGCUUGCAAAUUCACUGAUGAUGAAAAAUUCCCCCAAAUAAAUCUCGAUAGAUUGAAUGGUUUACGCCAGGAAUCGUAUGAAGAAGCACAUGAGUUUUUGCUACAAUUGACAGGGGUGGGUCCUAAAGUGGCUGAUUGUAUAUGUUUGAUGUCAUUGGAUAAAUCGAAUAUUGUCCCUAUUGACACUCAUGUUUACCAAAUUGCUGUGCGUGAUUUCAAAUACAAAGGUGGUAAGAGGGAGACCAAGACUUUGAAUAAAGCGAUGCAUGAUGAUAUAAGACGGUUUUUCCAAGAUAUAUUUGGUGAAUAUGCAGGUUGGGCACAGUCGGUCUUAUUUGCUGCUGAUUUAGCCGAUUUGAACAAUGGGGUUAAUGUUGUUGAAGUGAAGAAAGAAGUUGAAGCUAAUGAUAAGGUGGAUUUUAGCGUGAGUAUAAAGCAAGAAGUUGCUAAGGACGAGAAAGAGAGUGUAUUGAGUACCACUAAAAGAGUUAAAUCGGUAAAGACGGAAUCCUCAGUGAAUGGGAACAAAAGAGUCAAAAAGUUAAAGACAAAAGCUUCAAUUGCUGUUAAAUCCUGA